CUUUGAUCUCGUUAUAGUGGAUGAAUGCCAUCGUGUCGUGAUGCUGUAGUGGGUUUGGUACUCAAAAUGGUGCAUUCAUAAUUGUCUUGCGAUCAGCAAACAUACGCGGCACACAAAACGCAGAGACGAAUGAGUUUGUGUGUGCUGUCGAACCCGCAGAAGAGGUCGUCAAAUCUUAUGGCCAGCGUGCCAGCAAUCACGCGAGCAGCGAAAGAUGUCACCCGAUUUAUGAACCAAUCAGGUAACAGUUUGCUUUCACCAAUGGGAAUAAUGCCUCUUGGAGGCAUUGCUUGUGGUCUCAUUGCCCAAUGACCAUUGGUCCUCUGGAAAUUGCCGUCGAAUUUGUCGGAAAACUUGAACAUCUACCCCCACCUAAGCAACCACAAAUUCAUACUUGGAGUAUUCUGUGAAAGUGACCAAAAGAAAGUGGGGUUCUACAGCGUGGUUUGGCUCAAACUCAGUUCCCGAUAUUUUCGUUUCGAUUGCUGAUUUCGAGUGGAACUACGUUGUCCAACAAUUUCUGACAUACCACAAACUUCAACAGUGAAAUAGUCGGCCUCAAGUUAACCUUGCCUUGGCAAGGACAAUUCAAGUUCUGGCAGUUUUAUGCCCAAUCACAAACACCAUCGUAAAAGUGAAGCCAGUUCUACAGUAUUCAGAGCAUCGAAUUCCGUGAGUCUAGACGACUCGAGUGUGUUUUCGGAACUAGGAUUGGAAAUUCCAAAUUACGAAAAAUUUGGAGGGUCAUCGAGCACAACAGCACGUUGCCGAACUCAUCGUCAAUCAACUCGCUUCAGCCGGAAAUACUACCAUCCGAACCCAUAUAUCCUGCGUUCAACUAAGUUUAGCAAUCUUCCGAAGGCUGCAAUGAUAUCAGAACCCCCUAUGGAAGGAAGCGGUACGUUGUUCGAUUCGGCUUGCACCCCUCAUGAGCCGGUGAAGCACAAUUCUAUUCUUCUGGAAGAAACUUCCAUCGGACAUCCUAUGGACGAUCAACAAACUUAUAGUAGCUUAAAUCCUCAUGUGUCUUUUGGAUUCGUAGAACCACAGGCAGGUUCAGACCAUCGUCAUCAACAUUCUCAAACUGUGAUAAUUGAUGGGAAAACAUACGAGGUGACCGAGUUGAUUGCAGUUAUCAACCGAUUAAAGCAAGAUGUUCGUGUAUGCACUGAAAGGAUUAGUUGGCUUGAAGCUGAACUUCAUCAAUCAAAGCUGACUGUCAGUGCUAGAGAGCGUGAUAUCCACAAGCUUCGUUCUGUGCUUGAUCAGAAGGUCCCUACUCAACCUAUUCGUGGAAUUCAGAUCUCUAAAGCCAUACCAGAAGAUGCUAUACAAGCUUCUACUCAGGCUGUAGGACUGGACGAAAUCAGUGCACAACUUCAACAUGUUGCCGAACCGAUGCGUGUGAAAAAGCAGGGUGUUUCAGGAGAAAGUCAGACGCAACAACGAACUUCAGGUCUUGUUCAUCAUCCCAAGGAUGCUCGGUCGAGUCAUCUUAUCCGUGAGGCAAUUGAAAAUAAUGAAUUCCUACGGCAUUUGGACGAAUCACAAGUAGAGGAGAUUGUCAAGUGCAUGUACAAAAAGCAUAUUGCUCAAGGAGCCUACGUAAUUCGAGAAGGCCAGACGGGUGAUGCGUUAUAUGUCGUCGCAGAGGGUGUGAUGGAAGUAACGAAGAAUGAUCAGCUACUUCCAGAGGGUGGAUGGAAGUAACGAAGAAUGAUCAGCUACUUGGCCGAAUGGACGUAGGUCGAGCGUUUGGUGAACUGGCUCUGUUGUACAAUUGUAACCGAACUGCGUCCGUUCGAGCCGUUACACAAGCCUCAGCAUGGACACUGGAUCGUCACGUGUUUCAGCAAAUUAUGAUGUCGUCUUGUCUCCACAGACAUGAGGAAAACUUCAGCUUCCUUCAAAGUGUUCCUGCCUUGAAGAGUCUCCCAGUGGCGAAAAUGCACAAACUGGCCGAUGUCCUUGAAACGGUCUACUACGGUCCUGAUGAAUAUAUCAUUCGAGAAGGGGAAAUCGGUGAAACUUUCUUUAUCAUCCAGUCGGGAAAAGUACGGGUCACGAAAUCUGUUGGUGACUGCCAAAAGUCGAAAGAGAUUCGCCAGCUUUAUGCCGGGGAUUGUUUUGGUGAGAAAGCAUUAUACAAUUCUGAAAAACGCAGUGCGAAUGUGAUUUCUAUGGAAUCGGGAGUCUAUCUGUUAUCCCUGGAUAGAAGCAAUUUUAUCCACCUGAUUGGAGAUUUGAACGAAAUAAAGUCGAAGGAUUAUGACAAGCUGGAAGACAGGGCCAUCCACCCUACCCAAGAUGAAGAAGCGUCAAAAUAUCGUGAAGUCCCAGGAGAACCCACUGAACAGGUGAAAUUGACGGAUCUGGAGCGGGUGGCUGUCCUGGGUGUUGGUGGAUUUGGCUGUGUGGAUCUCGUUGUCUGGACAAAAGAUCCCUCGAGGUCGUUUGCUCUGAAACGAAUGAAGAAACAUCACAUUGUCCAGACACGGCAACAGGAGCACAUUUGUUCUGAGCGGCAAAUCAUGUUACAACUGCGAUGCAACUUCAUUUGUCGACUUUAUUGCACGUACAAGGAUUCAAAGUACGUAUACAUGCUCAUGGAAUCCUGCCUUGGCGGUGAACUCUGGACUGUUCUCCGUAACCGAGGGCGAUUCAACGACGUGGUCGCUCGCUUCGUAGUUGCCUGUGUUCUGGAAGCCUUCACAUACUUGCACACCCAAGGCAUUAUCUAUCGGGAUUUGAAGCCAGAAAACUUACUUUUGGACGAGAAUGGUUACGUCAAACUAUGCGAUUUUGGUUUCGCGAAACGCAUUGGUUUGGGGAAGAAGACUUGGACAUUCUGUGGCACACCGGAAUAUGUCGCACCGGAGAUCAUCCUGAACAAAGGCCAUGAUUAUUCUGCCGACUAUUGGUCUCUGGGUAUUCUGAUCUUUGAGCUACUCACUGGAAGCCCGCCGUUCACUGGAUCUGACCCGAUGAAAAUAUACAAUGUCGUGCUCCGUGGUAUAGACGCGAUUCAAUUCCCAUCGCAAUAUAUCAACCGCUCAGCUACCACAUUGAUCAAACGACUGUGUGCUCACAACCCGGCACAACGACUUGGUUACGGCCUCGGUGGAACAAUUGAUAUAAAACAAAACAAGUACUUUCAAGGAUUCGAUUGGAUUGGUUUACUUCGAAGAACAUUAACGCCACCAAUUCGACCACAGGUAACUGGCCCGACGGACGUGUCAAAUUUCGAUAAAUACCCAGAUAAGAUUGAAUAUCCUCCGGACGAAAUGUCCGGGUGGGAUGCAGAUUUCUAAUUUUGCAUCCCCUGUAUCAUGCCCAUGUGCUGCGAGUUGGUGCACAUAGCCCCUACUUUGUCUUGUAGUUCCCCGAUUGAAAAGCUCUUUAUCUAUACAAGUGAUUUGAUGGAGUCUUUCGUGAGGCUAGUGCGUAUUCACAAAGGAACAAUCGCACAAAACCUCAAAGCUUCAGUGACCUAGUUAAUUUACUUCACUUGUUCAACACUCUGUGAAUGAAUUUCUCACAGUGGGAAAUGCGGUUGGCAUGUUUUAUUCUUGUAUCCCCGUGGUUUACUCAACCACACUGUACAGUUCCCUUGCAACAUUAAAAACAGCAGAUAUCCC